UUGUUUUGAAAUUCAGCCCGCGGAAGUAAACAGGAAGUGGAGUUUAGCGUCUGCGCGGCUAAAGCGGAGCUAACUGUUCCCGGGUUUUCUCGGUGUUUUUACGGAUUCAGGGAGAAUCUGACCCGGGUCACGUUGGACCGGACCGGACCGGACCGGAGCGAGCGAACCGGAGCGGACCGGACCGCGCUGACCCGGUAAAACCACAGAGACGCAGGCUGCACGGCGCGAAAACCACCGGACGACGUCACAGCGUUAACUCCGAGUGUUUACGAUCUGAACCAGGACUGAACCAGAACCAGAACCAGGACUAAACUGAACCAGAUGGAGGGGGAGGAGCCUGUGGUUUCCCUCGUGGACGUCCUGGAGGAAGACGAGGAGCUGGAGGAAGAGGCCAGUGCUGUUUUAGGAGCCAGCGACGCCGAGCACUGCUCCUACAGCCAGGUGUACGUGAAGCGUCAGGCGUUGUAUGCGUGUGGGACGUGUUGUCCUCCAGGAGGCGCUGCAGCAGGAGUCUGUUUGGCCUGUUCAUACAAAUGUCACGAAGGACACCAGCUGUACGAGCUCUACACCAAGAGAAACUUUCGCUGUGACUGUGGAAACUCCAAGUUUAAAGACGUCACCUGCAAACUGAACCCUGACAAAGAGGAAGUGAACUCUGACAACAAAUACAGCCACAACUUCUUUGGACUUUACUGCACCUGCAGCCGCCCCUACCCCGACCCCGAGGACCAGGUGGAGGACCAGAUGAUCCAGUGUGUGAUCUGUGAGGACUGGCUCCACGGACGGCACCUUGGAGCUCCGGUCCCAGACUCUGUGGAGCUUCAGGAGAUGAUCUGUGAGUCCUGCAUGAACCACAACCAGUUCCUCUGGACCUACGCCGCCCAGAUCACAGUUUCAGACCCUGAGGUUAAACCUGGUCCGGAUCAGCCCAAAGAAGAUCCCAAACAGGAGCCUGAUGAGGAGCCGAGCUGCAAACGUCCUCGUCACCAGGAGGAGCCAGAGGUGAAGGCGGAGGAGGGGGCGGAGCUAAAGGAGGCGGGGCUGAAGGAGGGGGCGGGGCUAAAAGAGGAGGAGCCUAAAGGGGCGUGUCGUCUGAAGGAGCUGCAGCUGAUUGGUCAGAGCAGGAGCCAAUCAGGAGCGACGUUCUGGCCCUCAGGCUGGAGGUCCCGCCUCUGCACCUGCCAAGACUGUCAGACGUUGUUGUCGGAGGCGGGGUCUCUCUUCCUAUUGGACGAGGGGGACACAGUUCUGGCCUAUGAGACAAAGGGAAAGAGCCUCGAACGGACCAAUGAGAGCGCAGCAGACCCGCUGAUGUCAGCGCUCGACCGACUCAACCGAGUCCAACAACUCGAGCUCAUCCACGAGUACAACGACCUGAAGACAGAGUUGAAGGAUUUUCUGCAGAGAUUCGCUUCAGAAGGAAAGGUGGUGACUCCAGACGACAUCCGACAGUUUUUCGAGCAGCAGCAAAGUCGGAAAAGACGUCGCGCCAACGGUCAGCUGUACAGUGCCUGACCUGUGACCCCUGACCUGUGACCCCACCGUGACCCCACCGUGACCUCUGACCCCAACCUGACCCCAAUGUGAUGACAUUUUUUUAAAUAAAUGAAUAAACCUG